UACUUCAUACUUUAAACAAAGGGCUGCCAGGACCUUCAUACGUGAAGGCCUUUGACUAAAGCAGGCGAGACUUCGUCGCUCCCGCGUCCCAGUCCCCCCGCCUCUUCGGCUCCUCGCUUCGGCGCAGCCCCACAGCAAACAUGCGUGAGAUCGUCCACAUCCAGGGUGGCCAGUGCGGCAACCAGAUUGGUGCUAAGUUCUGGGAGGUCGUCUCCGACGAGCACGGCAUCGACCCCACCGGCACCUACCAUGGCGACUCCGACCUGCAGCUGGAGCGCAUCAACGUGUACUUCAACGAGGCCACCGGCGGCCGCUACGUGCCCCGCGCCAUCCUGAUGGACCUGGAGCCCGGCACCAUGGAUUCCGUGCGCUCGGGCCCCUACGGCCAGAUUUUCCGCCCGGACAACUUCGUGUUCGGCCAGACCGGUGCCGGCAACAACUGGGCCAAGGGCCACUACACCGAGGGCGCUGAGCUGAUUGACUCCGUGCUGGACGUCGUCCGCAAGGAGGCUGAGAGCUGCGACUGCCUGCAGGGCUUCCAGGUUUGCCACUCUCUGGGUGGUGGCACUGGCUCCGGCAUGGGCACCCUGCUGAUCUCCAAGAUCCGUGAGGAGUACCCCGACCGCAUGAUGCUGACCUUCUCGGUCGUGCCCUCGCCCAAGGUGUCCGACACCGUGGUGGAGCCCUACAACGCCACCCUGUCGGUGCACCAGCUGGUCGAGAACGCCGAUGAGUGCAUGGUCCUGGACAACGAGGCCCUGUACGACAUCUGCUUCCGCACCCUGAAGCUGACCACCCCCACCUUCGGCGACCUGAACCACCUGAUCAGCGCCGUCAUGUCGGGCAUCACCUGCUGCCUGCGCUUCCCCGGCCAGCUGAACGCUGACCUGCGCAAGCUGGCGGUGAACCUGAUCCCCUUCCCCCGCCUGCACUUCUUCAUGGUCGGCUUCACCCCCCUGACCAGCCGCGGCAGCCAGCAGUACCGCGCCCUGACCGUCCCCGAGCUGACCCAGCAGAUGUGGGACGCCAAGAACAUGAUGUGCGCCGCCGACCCCCGCCACGGCCGCUACCUGACUGCCUCGGCCCUGUUCCGCGGCCGCAUGUCGACCAAGGAGGUGGACGAGCAGAUGCUGAACGUGCAGAACAAGAACUCGUCGUACUUCGUCGAGUGGAUCCCCAACAACGUCAAGUCUUCCGUGUGCGAUAUCCCGCCCAAGGGCCUGAAGAUGUCCGCCACCUUCAUCGGCAACUCGACCGCCAUCCAGGAGAUGUUCAAGCGCGUGUCUGAGCAGUUCACUGCCAUGUUCCGCCGCAAGGCUUUCCUGCACUGGUACACCGGUGAGGGCAUGGACGAGAUGGAGUUCACUGAGGCUGAGUCCAACAUGAACGACCUGGUGUCCGAGUACCAGCAGUACCAGGACGCCUCCGCCGAGGAGGAGGGCGAGUUCGAGGGUGAGGAGGAGGAGGCCUAAAUGCCUUGCCUACCUAUCCACCAAUGCGUGCAUGUGUGCGCAUGAUUAGGUGAUGUGCAUACCUUACUCGUGAUGUGCAUCACGGCUAUUUAGGCGAGCGGUCUAGGGGCUUCGUGCGGGUGUGGUGGUUUGGUCCCACAGGCAAACGAAGAAGUGAAGCGUGGCGUGUGAUAGCAAUGGCGCAAGCAGGAGCUGUGUUCGUUUUUGUGGAUUACUUCAGGCACAUAGUCUUGACGUUAAUAAGCUCGUUUAUGACUGCUGUACGAACACAAACUAUGACAUGAGGGCACAUCAUUGUGUACCUAUCAUAGCAUUUUUACCGCUGGCGCUCUCCUUCGGCGCUCCAUGGGCAGGCGACUAACGAGUGACUGCGGAGGAGGGAAUACCUGAACUUAAGGCACUCGUAGGUGCACGCGCUGCUCCGGGGUUUGACGGUAGUAGCAAGUGGCUGCUGAGGCUGACGAAGGACAUGCUGGAAGCGUUGGCUGGGCGCGGCGAUUGCCGGGCCAGGUGCCCCUUGCAGGAUGCCUGAGGCAAUCUCUGUAAUACCAUUCAUGC